UGAAUUCUGAAGAGUCUUGUUAGCCUCCAUAAAGAGCCGCAUUGUGUAUGAAUGAGUUAUAUAAGUGCAUAUGACCGCCAUGGUGCAGGGUUGUGCUAGUAGUGCAGAAACCCCUAAAUGCUGAUCUGUAGCGAGGCCAUUAGCUGUUUCCUGGAAAUGCCUCUUUAUUAUCACAGCUGAAGACCUCGAAUCCAGCAUGAACUGGGCAUCGUUUUACGCGGUGAUCAGCGGUGUGAACAGGCACUCGACAGGCAUCGGCCGCAUCUGGCUGUCGGUCAUCUUCAUCUUCCGGAUCAUGGUGCUGGUGGUGGCGGCCGAGAGCGUGUGGGGCGACGAGAAGUCUGGCUUCACCUGCAACACCCAGCAGCCCGGCUGCGACAGCGUGUGCUACGACCAGUUCUUCCCCAUCUCUCACAUCCGCCUCUGGGCUCUGCAGCUCAUCCUGGUGUCCACGCCGGCCCUGCUGGUGGCCAUGCACGUCGCUCACCGCCGGCACAUCGAGAAGAAGAUCCUCAAGAUCUCCGGCCGAGGGAGCGCCAAGGACUUGGAGAACAUCAAGAGCCAGAAGUUCAAGAUCACCGGUGCUCUGUGGUGGACUUACAUCAUCAGCAUCGUCUUCCGCAUCGUAUUCGAGGUGGUUUUCUUGUACAUUUUUUACUUGAUCUAUCCAGACAUCAAGAUGGUGCGUCUUGUGAAGUGUGACUCCUAUCCCUGUCCCAAUACAGUGGACUGUUUCGUGUCGCGUCCCACAGAGAAGACCAUCUUCACUGUCUUCAUGCUGGCCGUGUCUGGAGUCUGUGUCUUGUUGAACAUCGCAGAGGUUGUGUAUUUAAUAGGCCAGGUGUGUAUGAAAUACUUUCAUGGAGCAGUGGGUGAACCCAAAGCGCCUUGGCUCGCUCAAAAACUGGCGACCUACAAGCAGAACGAAAUAAAUCAGCUGAUCUCGGAGCAUUCGUUCAAGCCGAGAUUCAACACUGGGCGAAAGCCUCCCGGGGAUAAGAGCGAACGCUGCUCUGCUUUCUAG